UAGCUGUCACAAACGCCGGCAAUUCCCACCGAGUGUGUUCGGAACGUGAUUGAUUGUUCCUGUUCUCACUUGUCUUCUUCUCUUUCAGCACCUCAUUCACCAUUCCAUUGGUUACUGCUGACAUUUACCCACGUUGUUUCCAUUGGAACCUUCUAACUCCAUUGGUCACUGAUUGAAUUAAGCUCCAAAGUUUCCAACUUUUGCAAAAUGAUAUUGCUGGUCGCGCUCGCAUUGCUUCUUGGUGGCUUCCUUGCUGUUCUUCUUUUCAAACCAAAAUCUGGGAAUAAGGGGAAAACUCAGACCACCUUUAACAAUACUAAGGCAUCAAAAUCCUACAGUAAAACUGAUGUUUCACUGCAUAACAAAAGGACAGAUUGCUGGAUAAUCAUCAAGAACAAGGUAUAUGAUGUUACCUCAUAUGUAGAGGAACAUCCAGGUGGUGAUGCCAUUCUAGCACAUGCUGGAGAUGAUUCAACUGAAGGAUUUUUUGGGCCACAGCAUGCAACUCGAGUCUUUGACAUGAUUGAUGACUUCUACAUUGGGGACUUGGAGCAAUAGCUAAGAGAGUGUUUGGAUAACGACCUAACUGGUGUUUUCACUGUCUCGGAAAGUCAAGUUUAACGUUCUAAAACGUGGAUGCAGCCUCCAAGCUCCGUUUACGUUCUGUUUAACGAAAUUCAAAAAACUCUAGCCAAGUCAGUGGUUUCUGGUUGGUUUGUAAUGUUCAAGAGAUAUGUGAUUUGAGAAGUACAAUAUUCAAUUGGUUGUUGCCCCACACUUUUUGCACUCCUAUUCUGAUCAUUUAUCUUCAUUAGACAGUAAUUCAGGCGUCACUGUUUGAAAUCAGACCAUAACCCAUUGCAUGACUUUUGAUAAAAUGUGUCAGAUGUGAUAAACUGGAUAUGAAAUGAUAUCCAUGAAAUAAGUUAUUCUCUCAUGUAGGCAUUCCCAGAAAGGGUAAAACUCCUUUCAUAUUCCAACUACCACCACCCUUGUCUCUACCUAUCACAUCCUAAGAAAACAGAACCAAGUCUUGUUUUUUGUCAAUAAAUAGAAUAGUACAAAAAUAAAUGUGAAUCACUGGCUGGAUAUACAUUUUAGGGAUUCCUGAUUGUUGAACAUUCAAUGCAGAACUGAACUGUUAUAAUUACAAAAUUAGCUCCAACUGGGAAGGGCUUGGGCUAGAAAUCAUAUGCAUUGAAUUUGUAGUAAAAUGAAAUAUGGAAUAUGGAAUCUACCAUACU